UAGCACCCGCCAAUACCAAUGUUUUGACAGACACGAUCACACGUGGCGAAUUAUUACACCGCCACGUCAUCAAGCCGCCUCUUCCUUCAACCUAGCUUUAUCACCACCACCAAACCCUUAUCUCUCUCGUCACUUUCUCUGUCUCUCUCUCUCUCUUUGAAAUUUCUACAGUUUCUUUUUCCUCUGUGCCCAUCAAGGAGGUCCAUUAGAGAUUCAAAAGUGACUCGUUCCUGCUCACGAUGGGUUCAAUCGCCGAUCCCGGCGAGUUGACUCAGCCGAGCUUCGACGAGUUCCAGAGACAAACCUCUCUCAUGACGAGCUGUACUCUUCUCUGGAAAGAACUCUCCGAUCACUUCACUUCUCUUGAACAAGACCUCCUGAAGAAAUCUGAAGCUCUCAAAGCAAAACUCAAAACCCUCGACACUCAAACCAAACAGUCACUCCAAGAACUUGAGAAACGCGAAACCACCAUGAACAGUUCAAUCGAAAUCGCGCUUGGAAAAGUCCAAGAGAACAAAGUACUCGCCAUCAAUUCCAGGAAUGACACCGUUACAGAGCCCGAAGUCGAUGAUUCUGAAGGUUUGCUACUGAAAUUGAGCUCUUUCUGUGUGAAAAUGAAUUCUCUAGGGUUUUGGAAAUUUGUGAUUGUACGGAAGAAGGAAUUGGAUGUAAUGAGAACGAAAAUACCGGUGGCUUUAGGGGUUUGUGUAGAUCCGGCGAGAUUUGUUUUGGAGGCUAUAUCGGAGGUGUUUCCGGUGGAUACAAGGGAGUUGAAGAGUGAUAGAGUGAAUGACUUGGGUUGGGCUUGUGUGUUGAUGUUGGAGUCGUUGAUUCCAGUGAUGGUGGAUCCAAUACUGGGGAGUGAGAGGAUGUUGGUGACGCCUAGAGUGAAGGAAAGGGCAAAGGAGAUUGCGGAGACAUGGAAGAAGAGCUUGGAGGAAAGGGGAGGGAUUGAGAAUGUGAAGACUCCGGAUGUUCAUACGUUUCUGCAACACUUAGUGACUUUUGGGAUUGUUAAGAAAGAGGACGUGGAGUUGUAUAGGAAGCUUGUUGUUGGGUCGGCGUGGAGGAAGCAAAUGCCCAAGCUCGCUGUUUCGCUCGGUUUGGGUGAUAAAAUGUCUGAUAUGAUUGAAGAAUUAAUUAGCAGGGGACAGCAGGUUGAUGCUGUGCAUUUUACUUAUGAAGUUGGCCUUGUGGACAAGUUCCCCCCUGUUCCCCUUCUGAAAGCUUUUCUGAAAGAUGCCAAAAAGGCUGCAACGUCUAUUUUGGAGGAUCCCAACAAUUCCGGGAGAGCUGCGCACCUAGCUGCAAAGAAAGAGCAGUCAGCACUCCGCGCGGUCCUCAAGUGCAUCGAAGAGUAUAAAAUCGAGACUGAGUUCCCCCCAGAAAAUCUGAAAAAGCGCCUUGAACAGUUAGAGAAGACAAAGGGUGAGAAGAAAAGGCCUGCUGCUGCAGUCCCUGCCAAUAAACGAACACGAGCCAGCAAUGGUGGGCCCAUGCCCCCAGCAAAGGCUGGCCGUUCGACAAAUGCUUAUGUUUCAUCUUUCCCAACAGGGCCCACAUUUGUCAGGUCUCCCUCUCAGGCUCAGUACACUGCUGGGGUUCCAUCAUAUCCAGCAUCACCUGCUAUGUAUGGCCAUGGCAGCAGGAGCCCACCAUCCAACCCCUAUGUUUACUCACCUGAAGCAGCCCCUCCUGCCAUUGCUGGACCAUAUCCAGGAGCACCAAUGAACUAUCCUGCAUACGGAGGAUAUGGAAAUGUUAUGGCACCAGCUUAUCAGCAAGCUUAUUACCGAUAGAUGACUGGUCUUCGAAGAUGGUGACAACUGAUAUGAUGACCCCAAUCUGAAAUAUUUCUAAAUGGUCUGUAAUCACUAACCUUUUAAUGGUAGCGAUAUCUGUGUGUUAAUCCUUGAUUCUGAACCGUGUCCUGCGUCUUGCUUUGUCAAGAAACAGGUUGUAUUUCUGAUGUUGACUAAAGUCUUAGUACUAGGUGAUUGUGAAAAGGUAAUUAAGGAAGUUGCUUAACAACUCAGGGUAGCAAUGGUAAUGGGGUGUAGUAGGACUGCUGUUUUGUGUAUGAUAUAUGGUUUUAUCUGUUUAGUUCCCGAGUUUACCUUUCAUGUUACCAGGAAUGCAAGAAUUGUAGGACUCUGCAAGUUCAUAUACCCAAGAUUUAUAGCAUUUGAUAGAGUUUGAGGGCCCUCCCUCCCUUUCAUCCGGUCCCGACUCCCGUGUGGUUUCGAUCACAGAACAGAUGAUGUCCAGCUAAUUAACGUGUGUCGCAGGACCUGGGCUUUCCUGAUAUGCAAGUUGGAACGUAAGAGCUGCAGUGGGAAUAGUCUGUGUCGGUCGGAAUUGGCAGGGUUAUUGUCACUGUUGAAAUGGUGAAAAUGGACUCAUAUAGUCGAUUUCAGAUUUCAAAUGAUUGAGACAUAAGGUUUAGUUGGGAUUGGUUUGGUUUGAUUUUGUUUAUUGUCACUGUUGAAAUGGCAACUUUAGAAGUUCCAUACCGUCCUAUUAUUAUUAAAUGGU